CGCCAACAAUCGCCGUGCACCCAGAACAACGGAACCGUAGCCAUGACGACGACAGUGGACCAGACGAUGCCGCCCAUCUAUGUGCAGUUUGAUCUGCACUACGAGGCGGGGGAAGGGCGUCGUGACUUGCCGCUGGCGGCCAUCGCCCGCGCCGGUGAUGAGGUCGUGAAGGAGCACUACCCGAUGCUGCGCCAGCAGCCCACCGCCGCCGAAGCACAGGAGUCGAAGAAGCAAGCCGGCGACGACAGCGACGUACCCAACGGCACGUUCGAGGUUCUCGAUGAGCCGUUGGAUCUGAGUCCGAGGCCCAUGCGCUUUAUCAUGGAGCAAUGGCCCUUCUUUGCUCGCCUCGCGCCAAACGAGGCCCGCACCGGGUGGACCAUUUCCCUGUACUUCUCGCACAAGGUCACAGACGGCUUCUCCAUCGGCCGGUUCCUGAAGGCCUGGUCGGAGCACUACGCCCAUCGCACCGCAUGGCCCAAGCCCGUUGUCGCGCCGGACACGAUUGAGGCCAUCGCCACCGCCAAGACCAACGCCGAGCCGUGCUCCGGUUACAUCGUGCAGGCCGACGCCGCCCCGCCAACCGGGCCGCCAACUUUUGGCCAGCACGUGACCCUGCGCGUGACCAGGGACGAGCUUGCUGCCCUUCGCACCCACCUCAUGCGCGAACACAAGGGCGCCAGCGACGCCACCGCUGAGACGCAGCCGACGCCCGACCAAGCGCCCCCGGCAACAACCGCAACCGCAACCGCAACGUCAGCUGCUGGUGGGCUGCCGUUCUCGUGCAAUGACCUCCGCAUGGCGUUGGUGUGGAAGGCGUUUGUUGAGGCAAACGCGGCCAAGGACGACGAGCUGACGGGCGUGUCGUGGUCCGUGAACAUGCGCAAGCGUUCGGCCAUCCCCGACGAGUACUUUGGCAACGCAGCGGUCAUGUCCCCCGUGUUUGAGCGGCCCGUGGGCGAGGUGCGCAGCAUGUCGCUGUACGACCUCGCAGCCCACUUCCGCGCCAAGGUGCAGGCGUCCACAUCGGAGGAACGGGUCAACGACACGGUUGCGUAUCUCCACGAGCUCAUGGCUGCCCGCGGGCCCGUGAGUGCGAGCUGUGUGCAGAUCUUCCGCGAAAACCCCUUGCGCAUCCUCUACUCGGACUGGAGCGCGUUUGAUGUUGAGGUUCCCUUUGAGGGCAUCCGCCCGCGCGCCACGUUCUCCACGUCCAAGUGGGCCGUCGGCGUUGUCAUCAACACGAGCGACCAAGUCGUCAUUUCCGUCAAGGAGGAAAAUGUCGCCGCUUUCACGGACCGCUUCCAUCAACUUCUUGCCCCGCCCACACCAUAACCAUACAUGCUUGUGAGGGGGGAGAGGAGGGGUAAGGGUGUCUAUCUGUGUAUGUGUGUGUGUGCGUGCGUGCGUGCGUGCGUGCGUGUGUGUGUGUGUGUCUGUCUGUCUCUCUCUCUCUCUCUCUCUCUCUC